AUGGCAAUACUUAUCGCCAAACUAUGCUUCUGCGAGAGCGUGACAUCAAUCGAAAUAUUCGAUCUGUUUGACGACAAUGUCGAAUUGGAGGUGCCGGCAGUUGAUAUCGGCAAAGACUUAGUCAUGGCUCGCAGAGAUGUUGAAGGAAUCGAAAAUGCUACGACAUGUAUGGGGAACGCUGUGUGUGUUGAAAGAGCCGUCCAUACUGACCCUGCUGACCAACAGAUUAAUAACAAUAACACUAAAAAAGCCUUUACAGUCACAUCCGAAAAUACAAAUAUUAUGCCUAAUAACAAUGAAACAACAGAUGACAGCAUAACCCUCCUUCGGCAAUCGGGUAAUGGAGGAGAAUACCAAAAUGUGGCUAAUAAUUCUUCACUCACAACUCCAAACAGAACCACGGAGUUUAUUGAGAGCGUCACACUACCAUCCUACACAAUCCCGCCCAUUCCCUUCUCAUGCCCUGAAGAAGAGACUCCAGCCAAUAUUGGGCCCUACGAAGUGCCUACACAAAGAGACGUGGUACUACAUAUACGGAACCAUCUCUUAGCUAUGUACCGUGGCUUCCAUGCUAAGGCUAUAUAUUUUCUUAAGGAUGUGAAAGAGGCAACACAAGCAUCCUGGUCGCGCAAGAUGCUCUGCCGCGGUCCCACCGAGCUGAUGCAUUACCAGCGUUGCGUACGCUGGGUCGGAGAUCUGAGCGUGCUCACCACCAAAAGCCUGGUCACCGCUUUGGAGACCGCACGGCAUCACAUCAGCACCCUCAUGCAGGGGCAAAUCUGCAAUAUUUCGGCCCUGAGCAUCGACCCGAUCCACCUGAUUAGGAUUCUAGCCGCGGAGAAGGUCUCCCUGGAAUUUGCGUUGCCUGACUUUCUCAGGCAACUCGACGCUUGCACAAGGCAUUGUCCGGGUACCCGAUUGAAGCUUCCGCAUGGAUAUCCAAGCAAUGCGCAUUUAACGGAUAAAAACUUCGUUAUUAGACAUUAUUUAACACAACAAAAUUUUAAUCAACAACUCCAGCAACAAUAUAACAUUUAAAUGCAUUUAAAAUGAACACGUCCGUUUUGAACGCACCUAUAACUAUGAAUCGAGCUUUCACAGAUAGUACGCAUACCGCAAACUAGAUGACGCCACUAUGUAUGAACUUUUGACGUGAACUUGACUGAAAGUUUUUAGAAUAACUUGGAAUAACUUAACCAAAAUAUUUAGCUAAGCUUUUAGCGGAAUGUGCAUAGUGUUUAUCGUGGGAAGUGAACAAAAACUAUAAUUAAAUUAUAAUACAAUACAUGAGAAGUGUU